AUGAAGAAUAGGCAAGAACCGCCGAAACCUCCAUCACCAAAGAGAACGGUUAAUGUCAUAAGUGGAGGGGAGGAGAUCAAUGGCGUAACAUAUACGGCAGCAAAGAAGGUGUCAAAAAUCACAGUCACCCAUGGGAAACGAGUUCGUCAAGUUUUGGAAGAAGAUAGUAUAACAUUGAUGAUGCAUAUAGUGGUAAACGAGAUGCAAGCCAUUGAUAAAUUGGUAUCAAAAGCACGGACCUUGUCUGGUUUUGACAACUCCAGCGUUGUAACAAAAGGGGAGAUAAUACUCAUCACAUUCGCGGAAGGAGUAGUCAAAGAUACCAAAUUUCAAGUGAUAGAAAUGGACAUGGCGUACAAUAUGAUUCUCGGCAGACCGUGGAUUCACGAAAUGGAUGUUGUUCCGUCUACCCUACACCAAGUUAUCAAGUUUCCUUCACAAUGGGGAAUACGACAAAUCCGUGGUGAUAAACAGGCUUCUCGAAGCAUUAACUCAGUGCCAGAUUCAAGCACGAAAAGCGACGAAAAAUAG